GCAAAAUGCUGCCUAAUUAGGAAAUUAACAGACAUCAUCAAAGGUCCCUUGGUUGUUUUUCCAGCCCGGGCGUCUCCAGGGUUGUGAAUGUGAGACAGCAGCCACAGCAAUCUAGAGACCAGCUGGGGACACAGGUCCAGUUUGGGCCGGUCGGUCCCAGCAGCAGCAAACGGUGGGAGUCAAACAGAGCUGACGUGAUGAAAUAUCAGAAGAACUCUCCUCUGGGCGGCUGUCAGCGCUGAGGAACAGACAAACCUCAAACAAAUCUGCACAGGCAAGGAUUAAGCCAAUAAAUCCAGACAACAAACUGAAGAAGUGAGAAGGGGGGAACUGGAGUUUAUGCAUCCAGGGCCUGAGGAUCACAGAGCAGGAUAUGCAUGUUGAUGCAAUUUGACUCCUCCAGCAUGAGACAUGGGAGAGCAGGACUAAAGGGAGGAUCAGGCCUCGUUAUUAGAUCUUGCUCUGGAUUGAGGACAGUUUGCGCCACGUACGGCAGGUGCUGCGGUUCUGUCUGCCUGAGACGUGAGUCGACGCACUAAAAAGUCGACAAGAGGGACUGCGUGGGAGGGACACAGUGAAAGAGAGUGAGACAGACAGUUUUAAGUGGAGGCUGGGGGAGAUUUCUUUAACUUGUCGGCUCCACCAGGGCCAGAGCUGGCAGCGAUGAGUCAGAGGAAGCUGACACGACAGCUGAGGUUGUGGGAGAGUCCUGAGGGUCCACCUCCUGUGCCCUCUCUCACCUCACCGGGGUCACCGGUUGAUCACUCUCGUGGACAUGGAGGCUCUGCUCUAUUUCGACGUAUGAAACUGAACCGCAGUAUUCAGGAGCGCAGACGCUCCUCUCACUGCAUUUGCAGCUUCGAUUCGGAGAAUGGCCCCUCGCCAGGCCGCAGUCCCAUGGAUUCGCAGGCGAGUCCUGGGUUGGUGCUCCACCCUUCUUUCCCCCAGAGCCAACGCAGGGAGUCCUUCCUGUACCGCUCAGACUCAGACUACGACACGUCCCCCAAAACCAUGUCACGCAACUCCUCAAUCAACAGUGAGGGGCACGCCGAAGACAUGAUCGUCACCCCUUUUGCUCAGGUGUUGGCCAGCCUACGAACCGUAAGAAGCAACUUCACCAUCCUCGCCAAUGUCACAACACCCACUAACAAGAGGUCACCAGUGACAAGCCAACCCACUGUUCCCCAAGCUACGCUCUCUGAGGAGACAUACCAGCAGAUGGCUCGGGAGACUCUGGAGGAACUGGACUGGUGUCUGGACCAGCUGGAGACCAUUCAGACUCACCGCUCAGUCAGCGAGAUGGCUUCCAACAAGUUCAAGAGGAUGUUGAACAGGGAGCUGUCCCAUUUGUCAGAGAUGAGUCGCUCAGGGAACCAGGUGUCAGAAUACAUCUCCACUACCUUCCUAGAUAAGCAGAACGAGGUGGAAAUCCCAUCCCCGACUUUGAGGGAGAGGGAGAAGCCCAUGUGUCACAUCAGCGGUGUGAAGAAGCUCACGCACAGUUCCAGCCUUUCCAACUCCACCAUGCCUCGCUUCGGCGUGAAGACUGAACAUGAGGAUGCGUUAGCCAGAGAGCUGAACGACUUGAACAUGUGGGGCCUUAAUAUCUUUCGCGUGGCAGAGUUCUCUAAUAACCGACCCCUCAGCUGCAUAAUGUUUGCCAUCUUCCAGGAAAGAGAUCUACUGAAGACCUUUCGGAUCCCUGUAGAUACAUUUGUCACCUAUGUAAUGACCCUGGAGGACCACUAUCACGCCAAUGUGGCCUACCACAACAGCCUCCACGCUGCAGAUGUCACUCAGUCUACUCAUGUACUGCUAUCUACACCUGCUCUAGAUGCUGUGUUCACAGAUCUAGAGAUACUAGCUGCGUUAUUUGCUGCUGCCAUCCACGAUGUGGACCAUCCAGGAGUGUCCAACCAAUUCCUCAUAAACACCAACUCAGAGCUAGCCCUGAUGUAUAAUGAUGAGUCUGUGUUGGAGAACCAUCACCUAGCUGUGGGCUUUAAGCUGCUUCACGAGGACAACUGUGACAUCUUCCAGAACCUCAGCAAAAGGCAAAGACAGAGCCUGAGGAAACUUGUUAUUGAUAUGGUUUUGGCAACAGAUAUGUCUAAACACAUGAGUUUGCUGGCAGACCUCAAGACUAUGGUGGAAACCAAGAAAGUGACAAGUUCUGGAGUACUGCUGCUCGACCAUUACACUGAUCGGAUACAGGUGUUGAGGAACAUGGUGCACUGUGCUGACCUGAGCAACCCGACGAAACCGCUGGCUGUGUAUCGACAAUGGACGGAGAGAAUCAUGGAGGAGUUCUUCAGGCAGGGAGACAAGGAGCGAGAGCGAGGGAUGGAGAUCAGUCCCAUGUGCGAUAAACACACUGCAUCUGUGGAAAAGAGCCAGGUGGGCUUUAUUGACUACAUUGUCCACCCGCUGUGGGAGACAUGGGGGGACCUUGUGCAUCCUGAUGCCCAGGACAUCUUGGACACUCUGGAGGACAACAGGGACUGGUACCAGAGCACUAUCCCACAAAGCCCCUCGCCACCUCCUGUGGGCCACGAUAAGGAGCUAAACGCCUGCAUGGACAAGUUUCAGUUUCAGCUCACCCUCGAAGACGGCUCUCAGAGAGAACCGGGAGACGAGUGUGAUAACCCUACGCCAAACCACGUGGCACAGGACUGCAGUCAGGGGGAGGAGGAGGAGGAGGAGGAGGAGGAGGAAGAGGGUAAAAAAGAGAAAGAGGAAGGCAUAAUGGCAGAGGAGGAAAAUGAGGACAUAAUAGAAGAGGAGGACGAGGUGGCAAUGGAGGAAGAGGAGGUGGAGGAGGAGCAGGAGCAGGAGGAGGAACUGAAAGCUCAGUUGGAGGUGAGAUCUGAAAAAGAGAGACUUUCUGACACAAGUCCUGUAGAGGAAGAGGAAGAUUCUUCUUCACAAGCUGAAGAUACAUGAGUUCUGCUCCUGUAUCUCCCUCCUCACUUGCACACAUUAUCUUGUUCAUCCUUUCAAUGGCCAAAACCAAGAACAAAUAAGACUGCAAUGACAAUACAGACCUUUAAAUAUAUUUUUCAAAAAGGGAAUAAAUUAAAAUUGCUUCUAGAGAAGGUAAUUACACAGCAACUGUAGAUUUGGAGUGGUGACAAGUCCUUCGACUGAUUUCACAAUGAAUUUUAGACUAAGAGGAAUUUAGGAGAGCAUUAACGGUGGGCAACUGAAGACAGCGCGUAGCACUCUGGGACUGGAAUGCACACACAUAAACACACAGAGAGUGUCACACACAUAGCACAUAGUAGGAGUAAGUCAUGUAGAACACACCAACACAAUGUGCGUACACUCACACAUCAGUCAUACAGUACAACUGGAGCCCAAAUGUACCCCUUUCUUGCAAACGCACAGGCACACCAACACACACACACACGCACACACUUUACUGUAUGUUUGCAUGUGUGCAUUUACAUGAGGGACAAUGAUCAGUAAACUCUUUGGAAAAAGCCAUCUCUUAAUGAAGUAUUAACUAGUGUUCAGUCAGUAUUAGUAAUUCAUGUUUGUUAGGACCUCAACAGAUACUGUUCUCCUCAGAAAAGCUACACAUCCGAGUGACUUUUUUUCCAUUUCUGUCGGAAAGAAAAAUAAGAAAAAUCCACAGAGUUGGAGGAGGAGAGUAAAAGAUAUUGAAGCAAAGGAAGACGCUGCGAUGAAGGGACCGCCGGGUCCCAUACCCCUUUUCCCUUUACAAGGAGAGUGCUACUGGUGCAAGAUGGCUCUGUGCCUUUCUGAAACACCAGCUUCCUGAAUGGAGCUGUCGUGAAGCAAUGCAUUGUGGGACAGGAGUGUCUGAUUUUGUUAUAAUUUUUGAUUGUCUCUUGUUAAAGAUCUCUCUUUACUGUUCAUGAUAUUGUGGUGUGUAUCUCACACGUACAGUUUCUGUGGUGAUAUGUUUUAAGCUGUUAGUCUUCCUUUGUUGCUCUUCUGGUAAUAUAAUAACUCAGAACUCUAGAUGCAGAGCAAUCACAACCACCACCACAACACACCUGUGGACUCUUUCCAGCUUUUAUUUUUUUCUCUUAUUAGAAUGAUUUUUUAAACUUUCUGAUAAUAAGCCAUGUGAUGCUUUGAAGCAUAAGUUUUGCCUAUUUUCUAUUUAACAGUUGCUAAAUACGUUGAAGGGAUACAGAAUUAUUUCAUCAGCAGAACAAAUUUUCACUCGCCAUCUCUAACCCACUUGCACUGUGUGUUUAUGUCCCCCCAUACACAACAAUUCUCACCAAAGGAAAGGAUGAAGAACUUCAGUGGGUGAAGUGAUUUGAAGGCACACAGGUGAAUAAGAAAAUCAGGGAGGCAGAAUGUCAGGGGAAAGAAGCAUGACUUGGCCAAAUGGUGGUCUGGCAGUCCCUAAUCAUCCUUGUUAUGUUAGAUGCUUUUUUGCCUUAAUGUCAGAUGCAGGAUACAUACCUGCCAGUAUGUAGAUUUAUAAGAUAUAUAAUAGAUAUCCUAGUAUAUUUAUAUCACGUCUGUAUGGUUAUUUCUGUGAGAAUCAGUGUGUCAUUACACAAUGUGUCCAGCGUUUCAUUUGGAGGGGAAAGGGAAACAUUGCUGCCAACUAGUUAUGUUGUUGGGGUGCUUGGACCAACUUAAAGAAUGUGUUGUUUUUUAAUCAGGACGGUAAAAUGACUAUCAUCUAGAUACCUGGAGGCAUGCAGAGAAUAUAAGAAAUGGGAGUUAAGAUUUUGCAGGCAAUGAGAAUGAAUAAGGAUGUUUGAAUCUGACCAGAUAUUGAUUUGUUGACCUGUUGGAGAUGAUGCGUGCGUGUGUUUGUUUGUGUGGCUUAUUUUGUGGUCGUGAGUAAGCGAGCAAGUAAUGGAAAGAGAGGGCAGGAUGCUUAAGAUGUCGUCACGUGUCAUUGUUCCCUCACUGGCAUCCCCACAUCUUGUGGAAUGGUGUUCAGGAUUCUAUCAGCACAGCUUAAAUGGGUCACAGUUUGUUUAGGUGUUUGUUUUUCACAGGGUAAAAAAAAAACAACAUAAAAGAACAUGGGUGUGGUUCAUUUGAAGGUAAGAGCAAGUUUCUGCAGGUCAGUAACUGAGCUUAUCUGAAGACACCACAGCUCGGUGCAACAGAAGCCUGUGUGUUUGACCUGCUCUGUCGCAGGAUGGAGCAGAGCUGCGGGGCCACCACACAGGCUUUCAUCUAAUGGAAUGGGAAUCCAGGAUUACUCUUGCAGUUACAUCAAUAAAAGAUUCCCAUAUGCAUCGGC